AUGCACCCUUUGGCAUCCGUGGAAGAUGUGUCGGAGCGACUUCGUGCUGUUUCGAAACCGACCAGAGCGGCCGCGGGCCGAAGUCCGCCGCCUCACCCACCCCGCCGGAGUCCCCGGGCGGCUCGGCGCCCCGCUGCCUCGCCGCUCCCACACGCCGGCCGAAACGGAGCGGGGCCAAGCGGCACGGCGGGGCAGGCCCAGCCCCGGCGCAGAGGCGUCCCUUCCCGGGAGCGCUUGAACUUUUUAACCCAGCCUAUAAGCGGGGUAAAGAAAAGGCAUUUUUUCCUUAAAGCAGACGUAUUCGACAGCGUUGCUACCUCGGCUGCGAAACCGUUUUCCGGCAGAAGCGUUGGGAGCGUCAUAAAUACACAAGAUGUAUUGGGAACCACAGACAGAACAGGGCUUGUAGGCAAAAGUGUUAUGUUGAGAAAAAAUAGCCAAGCUUUUGGGCACCAACCUUUCUUUAUGUCAGAAACAAAAGCAGUGGAUGUCAAAGCCGGCAUCAAAGAACUGACAGCCACGAAGAUUUGUGUAACCAGUAAAGGAAUUGUUGAACAUUUCCAGUGUAUUCGAUGUAAUUAUACAGAAAAGUUUCAAAGACAAACUGCAUGGCAGUUCCAUUAUAUCGGAUUCCCCGUAGAACUGGAAACAAAAUAUUUCAUCCAUGCUUACAAUCUCCCCUCAGCAAAUAUAAAAGAGGAUUUUCUAUCAAAAUCCUUUUUGCUAACUACACCAGGCUGCAAAGAUAACGUAAUGAAAUACAGCAAAAGUUGUAUUGAAAUGGGGUGUGUGGUGCUUAUCACAAGCACAGUUAUAGCAGAAAUCCAUUUCAUCACUUACAUGUUUAUUACCAAUUUUAAACUGAAAUCUUUUCAACCCUCGGGAAGUUUGUGGAAUCCAAAUAUAACUGUUUGCCAAACAGAGACAGAAUUAGAAGUGAAUUUUACAACAAGCAGUCUUGGGCUUGAAUAUUUAAUACUGCUUUAUGAGCAUGAAAAGUAUGAAGUACUUCUUGAAAAAAAUGUGGAAGCAAAAGUGCAGCUACAACUACAUGUUAAAGUACUGGUUAUAUAUCCAGAAGAAGUGUAUUUUCAUCACACUGUCCUUUCAUUUGCUGAACUCCUGCAUGAGGGCUGCCAGACUGAUGUUAUUCUAGACAUGUGGGAGAAAAGGAGAAUUGCUGAAAAAGGUCCUGUACAAUGGCUUGCUGCUCAAAAAGCAGCAGCAGAUAGGGUGAUUUUCCUCAGUUCAAACCCUACCACUGCUGCAUGUAAUGUUUCUUGUAAAAGCAUGAGAAACCACAAUAAUAUGGAAAAUAUGUUCACUCUUGCAGUUAACCUCUUCUGUAGUGACAUGACAAAUCAGUCCUAUAUACAGAAGUACACAGUUGUUUCUUUCAAUGAGGUGAGCUCACAAAACACUCUACCAAGUGCUCUGAAGUUCUGUCCAAAAUACUGUCUUAUGAAGGACACUGAGAACUUCUGCAGAGACCUUUCUGUUUCAUGCAAUGAAGUGCAUGGCAAGAAAUAG